UCCUAUGCCUGUGGGAGCAAGGAGGUCAAACCUGUUGGUCCUCUGGGGAUGAAGCUGAAGGACACGGCGUUUUGGGGGACACAGAGGGAACCUCUGAAAGACCUGGGGGAAGAGCUCAGAAAGAAACUGCUGGACAUUUUCACUAAGAGCGAUUCUCUCACCCUGCAGGGCAGGCUCAUGUGUGAACGUGGGGCCGACGGACACACCAGAGGAUCCUGGCGGUUUGCCUUCAAUGAGCAGUUAACUCACUUCUUUGACCCGGAGAACAGAAAGUGGACAGCGGUUCCUCCGGGAGGCCAACAGUUCCGAGGCACGUUGGACAAUGAUGAAGAGCUGACCAAGCCCCUUGCGGGGACGUCAAAGGGAGACUGUAAGAGCUGGCUCCAGCAAGUGUGGGAGCCCUGGGAUGAAACGCAGGAGACCACAGCACCACCAACAACACAGCCAGAUGUGGCCCAGACCAGGAACAUCUGGAUGGUCAUUGUGAGCCCCGACGUUGUCGUUAUCAUCGUCGUUGUCGUCAUCGUUGUCAUCAUAAUUUGCAUAAUCAUCAAAAAUUGACCCUCUCUGUGGAACUCCUUUAGAAGGACAG